GUCGAAUCAAUAAACAUUAAAUUACAGUUUAAAAAAGAGCACCCACGCUGAAAAGUUUUUAUUGGCUAAGAAACGCGGUAUGACAUAGAGAAUAUGGAUUUGACAUUAAGCCAGUGGUUUUAUCUAGUACCGCACGUGUACGGAUGAGUUGUACUUAUAACCUCAAAAAUUUGAAAUAUUUUCGUUUUUACAAGAAUAACUGAUAUAUUAUCCUCUAUAACUAAGUGCAAAAUGGCAGAUCAAGGUACAGCCAUUCCUUCGAAAGACAAUUAUGAAAGUGAAACAGAUGAAACAAGCGACAAUGAUAGCGGAGAUGAUUGGGAUGAAGAAACAGAAGAUUUUGAAUCUAUACCGUGUCUUUUUUGUAAUGAAAUCACCAGUAACUUUUCUAUGGCAUUGGAGCACCUUACAGCAUUACAUAAAUUUGAUUUGAAAGAGUUUAUAGUCAAAAAUUGUUUGGAUACUUAUACCUACAUUAAAUUAAUUAAUUUUAUUAGACACAAAAAUAUCUUGCCUGAUCAAUUAAAUGCAUUAAGCAUAAAAACAUGGGAAAACGAAGAAUAUUUAAGACCUGUUAUAGAAGAUGAUCCUUGGCUAAUGUUUGAUAUUGAAGAGAUAGAAGAAAAGAUAACAAAACCUGUUGCAUAUACCGUAAAUUGGGAAAAUGGUCGAGUCACAAUGUCUGAGACACAUUUUGCUGAAUUACAAAGAACUAUACAAAUACUUAAAGCACAAUUAGAACAACGUGAAUCAGCAUGUUUCUUAGCAAAACAGCAAAUAGAUGAAAUGUCAGAAAAAGCACAAAAAUUGGUUUUGGAUAGUGAUUUAGAUGAAAACAAUACCCUUACAUCUUUUAGCAAUUCUAACUGUAACAUUGAUAAGGGUUACUUUAAUACAUACAAUCAUUUUGCUAUACAUCACGAAAUGUUAACAGACAAAGUACGGACUGAAAGUUAUAGAGAUGCAUUAUUAACAAAUGCUAAUAAAUUUAGUAAUUGUGUGGUACUAGAUGUUGGUUGUGGAACUGGCAUUCUGUCUAUGUUUGCAGCGAAAACCGGAAGUCGCAAAGUAAUCAGUGUAGAUCAGUCUGAUAUAAUAUAUCAUGCGAUUGAUAUAAUAAGGGAAAACAAUUUAAGUGAUAUUAUCACUUUAAAAAAAGGUCGGCUCGAGGAUAUUAACCUUGACGAAAAUAAAGUUGAUGCGAUCGUGUCUGAAUGGAUGGGAUAUUUUCUCCUGUUCGAGGGUAUGUUAGACACAGUAAUUUACGCAAGGGAUAAUUAUUUAAUUCCUGGUGGAAUACUUCUUCCUAAUAGAUGUACACUGAGUAUUGUGGGAAGCGGAGAUACUAGAAGAUAUGUUGAACUUAUUGAUUAUUGGUCAAAUGUGUAUGGUUUUAAAAUGAGUUGUAUGAAAGCGGAGGUUGUACGUGAGCCAAGCAUAGAAAUUUGCAACGCCGACGAAUUAAUAACGAGCACUGUUGAAAUUCAAGCAUUCGAUUUAUACAAAGUAACGAAAGAUUGCGUAAACUUCUCGUCACCUUUCGAACUUAAAGUAAAGAAGACUGGAUCACUGACCGCAAUUGUUGGCUAUUUUGAUGUCUUCUUUGACUUGGACAAUCCAAUUUAUUUUAGCACGGGACCUUACUCGCCUCCAACACAUUGGAAACAAACAGUAUUCUCGUUGAGUGAACCUAUUAGCAUUACCGAAGGGGAAAUAUUACGUGGUAAAUUAGUCUGUCGUAGACACGUUCGAGACAUUCGAGGACUCAUGAUUACAAUUCAUAUUAAGAAUACGAGCCAAGUUUAUUAUUUAGAGUAAUCGCUUUGAGGACUAUUUAGUAGACGUAAGUGCCAAAAAAGGGAAAAAAGAUAAAAAUUAAAU